AUGUCAGCGUACAGCUCACAGCGGAUAGCCUUGAUCGGUCUGGGAACCAUCGGCAUAUCCAUGGUAGCGCUUCAUCUCUCCCGUGAGAGCAACAUAGUUGAUGUCUUCGACACCAGACCGGAUUUCGAGGAAUAUAUCCAUAAGACGCUACCGAUCUACUUGAGCGAGCUGCCAUCAACAAAUACCGACCCUAGGUCAAGUCCUGAAUCUCAACCAUCAACGUCAUUGGUAGCGUCUCUUGUCUCUUUUGGCCGUCUGCGAAUUCACUCGACCCUAGAAAGCGCAUGUGCGUCGGCGACCAUUGUCCAGGAGCAAGGACCGGAAAAUGUUGACUGGAAACAAACUACCUGGGCCCGGAUCGAAGCAGUAGCCCCGUCUUCUGCGCAUUUCUGGACAAGCACUUCUGGAAUUGCUGCUUCUAUUCAGCAAGCCAAGAUGCAGGACAAAUCUCGCUUGCUUGUUGUGCAUCCUUUCAAUCCACCGAAUAUAAUGCCUCUUCUCGAAAUCGUACCGGCUCCAAAAACUUCCGCUGAGCGGGUGGAAUUUGCUCGUGAAUACUUCUCUCUACCUGGGUCGAGACAUAGGCCCGUGGUCAUUCGAAAAGAAAUUCCAGGAUUUGUGGGCAAUCGGUUAGCCUUCGCCCUACUACGGGAAGCUUGCUAUCUGGUUCAGGAAGAUGUCGUAGAUGCAAAGGACCUGGACACGAUACUGAUGGCCAGUUUGGGACCAAGAUGGGCUGGAAACGGUGUGUUUGAGAGCUAUCAGUAUGGCGGGGGAGAAGGGGGCAUAAGUUCCUUCUUGAACAAGCUUGGUGGCACUAUGCAAACCAUCUGGGAUGGGCAGGGGAGAAUCAACGUGGAGGGCGACGAAAGAACAGAGUGGAAGGAAAAGGUCAUUGCGCAAGUGAACGAAGCCUAUGGAACGGUGUCUGCGGAACAAAUCCAGAUAAAGGAAGCACGACUGAAGGAUAUCAUUGGGAUCCAACUGAAGGAUUACAGCCGCCAUGGACCAGAAGUAUGA